AUGGGUGUAGAAUCCAUUGACACAGACUACACUGCGGACACCACCAGAGACCACUUCAAGUCUGGCACCGCAUUCCACAGCUACGAUGACGAUACGUUUUCCUAUACUGACACGGUCGAGCUGUCUGUGGCGGUGGCAAACCCAGGGAGUAGAGAAUGGCGGCCCCGAGUCAAGGAGUGGCUCGUUCUGAUCUGUAUAUCGAUCUUGACGAUGCUGGUCGCAUUUGAUGCGACAAUGGUCAUACCAUUCAUCCCGGGCUUAUCACUCACGUUUGGAGAACCCCUCAGCAGCACCCUAUGGCUCAACUCAUGCUAUCUUCUCGCCAGCGCCACGGGACAGAUCUUCUUUUCGAUACUCGCCGAGGUCAUCGGACACGGCCCUCUUCUGGUCGCGGCAGCGGUCCUCUCAACAGUCGGGACAGGAGUAUGCGGUGGCUCCCUGCAAUUAUCCGACCUCGUCGCCGGCCGAUUCAUACAAGGACUCGGCGGAGGGGGCGUGGUAUCCGUUUCGCUGCUCUGCCUGGCCGAGAACAUCCCCGACAAACACCUCAUACGCUUCUCAAACUAUGUCUCCCGGGUCCGCCUGGCGGGCGCCAUCCUCGGCUUAGUCAUAGGCAGCUUGUUAUACGAGUACAUCGCCUGGCGCGGCGCCUUCUACUCAAGCUUCUUCUUCUGUGCGCUCGGCAUGCUCGUCAUCCCCUUUGCCAUUGAGCUGCGCGGCCACAGGGGGAUCUCCUCGCGGACAUUGUUAAAGAUGGACUGGCUAGGCGGCGUGCUGACUCUCCUGGGCCUCUGCUCGCUGCUUAUAGGAAUCAGCUGGGGCGGAACAAGCUACCCCUGGAGCGACUGGCGGGUUCUGACACCCCUCGCUAUCGGGAUAUCCUCGAUCCUCGUGCUAGCCGUAAACGAAACGAACUGGGCCUUUCGGCCAUUCUUCCACAGGAACGAUUUCCGCACUCUCCCCGUGCUGAUGAUGUACGCCGGCAGCUUCCUGCACGGGUUCACGAACCUAACCAUAUACUUCAUCUUCGUCCGAGUGCUCCCCCUCCCGUUAACCGCCGCCAGCCUCGCCUCGAUACUAGCCCUCGCCCUCCUCACCCUAACUUUAACAGAGAAGCUCGCAGUCCUCGACAACCGGCAACACUGUUUCUGGCUGGUCCGCGUCGGAUGGAUGCUUCUCAUCCUGUGCACGGGGUGUCUCGUAACUCUGGACGCGACCACUCCAACCGCAGGAUGGAUCCUUGUCCUCGUCGCGACAGGCACAGGGCACGGCUGUCUUAUGGCGGGAUUCAAAAAGUGUCUUCGGCCGGCGCCCGUGCCAAGGGAUUAUGGCGAGCAGGAGGAGAGAAGCGUUAACCCGACGAGUGCGCUGCUGAUGUGCGCGCUUUUUCGGACGGUGGGGAUGUGUCUUGCUGUUACUGUUAGCGGGACGCUGUUUUUAGGUCGUGUUGCGGUGGAACUAGGGGGUCAGUCGUUUGAAAGCGCCCAGGGACAGACGACGAGGACAGCUGCUUGGGCCCGCAUCCCGGAAGAUCGGUUCAGGAGCACCUGUGCAGCCAGCCUGGAAUUUCUGUGGUUGGUGCUGACUGGGGUCGCCAGUCUAGGGGGUGUUUCUUCGGUGUUUACUAGGGCCGUGGGAUGA